AUGAACGAAGAUGCCGUGCUCGAUACUCCCCUAUGGGACGACACAUGGCUUCCAGUCCCAAAAUUAGACAUCGAGCCAAACGGACCCCUAAAAUUGCUCAACAUCAUCCUGGAUCCCAAAGAUCCUUGUAAUGAACACAAACUCAUCUCGACGCAUGACCCGAACAUUGCCUUCAACAUCACCGAGUUCGAGUAUCCAAACAUGGACAAUACAGAGCGCCUUCUCACCAGGGGUGUUAGUAACGCCCAAUAUCCUGGGAUUUAUGGACGCGGCGACGCCGUCAGUCUCGACUGCUUCUGCAAGUCUCUCAAGAAAACAACCGUCAAUAAUGAGUCCGUACUCGAGAGUAUUCUGACAAGAGCUACAGAGCCAAGAGUUAGGGAAGCCCUCAGAGACAUUCGUCUUAACCCUGCGCCCAGGCCUAUUUAUAUCAUCACCGGUAUUAAGGUCGCUACUGGGGAACUAUGGAUAGCGUGUGGCGUCAGUGGCCGGAGAAAAGGGCAUGUAUGGGUCAUGAUAAUCAUCCUGAAGGAGAAGUGCGUUUCAUGGAAGAGAGAAUAA